GCUGCAUGUGUAAGUGAUUUCUUAUCUCAGGUUUAACUGAGUCCGAAUAACAUUUGGUUCGCUGCCUUCCUCACACGCCUGGAAUACGUUAACUCUCAGUCAAGUUACAGUCAUAGAAAAUGGCGCUUCGUUUUCAAUAUUUGUGCGCAAUAUUUGGACAUAUUUUGUAUAAUGUGAAUUGUAGCGUUUCUUUACAAAUCGAUUCCCAACCUGUGCUCACUUUUCUUUGUGAUGAUGAGUUAUUGAAGAGCGCGGUCAACAAGGUGGAGGAGCUCUUGAGCCUCAAAUUAGAGAGUAUGCAAAGCGAAUUAAAGACAAUGAAAGAAAUUAUACGUGAAAUAAAGAAGAAUCAGGAAGCAGCGCCACCUGCAACCAAGAAACCAGCAUCGUGUAAAGAAGCGAUGCGUCAAGAAAACGGGAAAUAUGCGAAGAGUGGCGUUUAUGAACUUUAUCUGCCAGAAUUCCUUCAACACCCUUUCAAUGUUUAUUGUCUUCGUGAUCCUGAUGGCGGUGAACCCUGGUCUAUAAUUCAGCGUCGUCAAAGCAACGACACCGACUUCUAUCGUGGGUGGAUCGAGUAUGAACACGGUUUCGGCGAUUUGAAUGCCAAUUUCUUUCUCGGCUUGGAUAAAAUACAUGCAUUGACUCAUUCGCGAUCUCAUGAGCUGUGGUUUCAAUUAGAAGAUUUUCAAAAUGAGAAACGUGUUGCUAAGUACGAGAGUUUCGCUAUAGGCAAUGCUCAGGAUAAGUAUGAGUUAAUUGCGCUUGGACAAUAUUCAGGCACGGCUGGUGAUUCGUUCUCUGAUCAUCUCGGAGAAAAAUUCACCACUAAAGAUAGUGAUAACGACAAAAGUAUUGAUAACGACAAAAGUAAGGUUAACUGUGCGGUGACAUAUAAGGGUGCUUGGUGGUAUAAGCAUUGUCAUUACAGCAAUCUAAACGGUUUAUAUUUAGGAGGAGAAUAUCCAAAAAGUCAGGAAGGCAGAGGCGUGGUUUGGGGUAACUGGCGUGGAGCUUACUACUCUCUCAAAUAUGUACAUAUGGCUAUAAGACCAAAGUAUUAUUACUGAGAUGGUGGUUUGCUAUUGAAAACCUUAGCCUCCGUAAAAUGUUAAACAUUACUGACG